AUGGACUCAUUGAACCUCCGCCAGAGCAUUUUCAUAGCGCUGAUCGGCCUGAUCGGCUAUGCCAUUCUCGAUCCGAUUCUGGGUCUGGACCUCUUCAAGACUAUCAAGCAAAAUGCCGUUGAGAGAAAGGCACUUGAGACCAAUGUCCGGCGCAGCUUGACCGUGGCCCGCACAAUGACGAUAAAUCUCAUGGGCCAAACAUUUGUAUCAACAUGCGAGCCAGAGAACGUAAAAUCCAUUCUCGCCACAAACUUCGACGAUUUUGUUGUUGGUCCCCGAAUGAGCGCCAUGGGAAGGCUGAUGGGGAGGGGUAUUUUUACCACUGAUGGCGUUCAUUGGGAGCAUUCCAGAGCUCUUAUUCGGCCAAGUUUCACCAGGGCUCAAGUAGCCGACCUGGACAGCAUCGAAACGCACGUCCAGAAUCUCAUCAAGAAACUACCCGAGGAUGGCGGCACCGUGGACAUGCAGCAUUUGUUUUUCAAUUUCACCAUAGAUAACGCUACAGAGUUCCUGCUGGGGCGCUCCAUUAACUGUCAGACAGAUCCAAGCAUGGAGUAUUUUUCCGAGGCCUGGGACUAUGCUGAGAGCCGCUCGAAUGAUCGGCUGCGGCUUGGAAAGCUAGCCUUCCUCAUGCGAGAUGCCAAGUUUGAGUCUUCCUGCGACAUUGUUCACUCCGUUGUUGAUAACUAUAUUGCUGAAUUUCUCAGUACUAAGAAAGGAGGGGCUGCCCUUGGUAGUGGUGACGUGAAGGCCAAACGAUACAACCUCCUGUCUGAGCUCUCUGCGGUGUGCAGUGAUCCCAUCCAGCUACGAAAUGAGCUAUUGAAUGUCCUACUGGCCGCUCGAGAUACAACUGCUGGAUUGUUAAGUAGUAUCAUGUACUUUCUGGCCCGAUCCCCGGAAGUCUGGCGUAAGCUGGUGGCCGAGGUGGAUGACUUGGGGGGUGAGCUCCCAAAUUACGAUACUCUGAAGAGAAUGCGAUAUCUCAGGGCCGUUUUAGACGAAACCCUCCGCCUACAUCCUCCGGUUCCUCUAAACAUGCGCUUCGCAAGCCGCCAUACCACCAUCCCGCGCGGCGGCGGGCCGGACGGAAAAUCCCCGGUGUUCAUCGCCAAAGGCACAGCAUUGAGCUACGGUGUAUGGACGAUGCACCGCUUGCCCGAGGUUUACGGAUCCAAUGCGGAAGACUUCCAUCCUGGCCGUUGGCUGGACUCGGAGAAGCCGCUGCGGCCGGGCUGGGCGUAUCUUCCUUUUAACGGCGGUCCACGCAUAUGUUUAGGACAACAAAGCGCGUUGAUGGAAGCCGGAUAUGUUGUUACUCGUCUUGUGCAGAGCUUUAAACAGAUAGAGCCGCGAGGGGGCGUUUUUCGGGAAAAUCUAGCCCUGACGUUCAGUCACUUUGGCGGUGUCAAGGUUGCGUUAUGGAGAAGAUAG